CCAGAUUUUUCGGUUUAAGGAAAAAACAAAGACAAAAAAGAGAAAAAAAAAUUGUCAUUGGUUAUAGACCAUUGACCUUGUGAUGCUCUCAUCGUGUGAAUCGGGGCAAGUAAAACGAGUAGAAUGUUAGCUGUUCAUUUAUUUUCUAUCCUACGCCAAGUCAGACCAGAGCUAGAAAACCAGAACAUAAUGGCGAAUCUCCCACUCGACUUAAUCGCCGACAUACUCAGCCGUUUACCUGUUAAGUAUGUGCUCCGUCUCAGAUGCGUUUCGAAGGUGUGGCGAUCUUUGAUUGGCGAUCCUGAUUUCAUCAAGCUGCACCUCCGCCACUCCCUCGAGUCACGCACUAACCACACCCUCAUCCUCAAAAGCUCCGAACUUUACGCCGCUGAUCUUGCCUGUCUCGGCCCUUUCGCCAAGCUCGAGCACCCUUUGAUGAGUUACAACCAUGGAGUCAAGAUCUUGGGUUCUUGCAACGGCUUGCUCUGUAUCCGUAACAUAGUGGAAGACAUAGCUAUUUGGAACCCGUACACUAGAAAACACCAAGUUUUACCUUCUCUGAGUUCUUGCAAUGCUUACAUGUACGGAUUCGGUUACGACUCUGUUUCUGAUGAUUACAAAGUGGUUAAAAUUAUGCAGCUUGGCGGGGUUGAUGGUAAGGCUCUGGAAUCAGAAGCUAAAAUUUGCAGCUUGAAGAGACUUGCGUGGAGAAGAAUUCCAGAUAUCCCUUAUGUAUUUUCGUUCCCUGGAGUCAAUGGGGUUUUUGCAAGUGGAGCUUUACACUGGGUUCUGACUCAAAAAGUUCAACUUUCCGAGGAGAAUGUAAUUGUUGCGUUGGAUUUAGGGGCUGAAAAGUGCAGGGAAGUUCCACAACCCGAGUACAAAGAUAAGAGAUUUGAAUUAGAUGUGGGAGUUUUGGAAGGAUGUUUAUGUGCAAUAGCUAAUUAUGGUGAUGUUCGAGUUGAUCUUUGGGUGAUGAAGGAGUAUGGGUUAAAGAAGUCUUGGACUAGACUAUUUUCUGUUGCAAGAGAAGAGGUGAUUGGUUCUUUGAGGUAUGUGAAGCCUCUGGCUUACUCAAGGAGUGGUGAUCAAGUUUUGUUGGAACACAAUAGUAUAAAUCAUUUCUGGUAUGAUUUGAAGGAGAAGAAAGCUAAUGAUGUCUGGUUCCGCGAUACGCCCCGUUCCUAUGAAACAGAGAUUUGCUUGCAAAGCCUUGUUUCACUCUAUGUCAACAAAAGGCAACUUAAUCGAGAGGAUAAUGGGGAUAUCCAGAAGAUGGAUGAUUUCUUGUCAGAGGGGUUCAAAUUAGUGUUAUAGUCAAGUGAAAAAGAGAAGAAUGUAAGCAGGAGUGGAAAAGGAUUAACUAUCCCAGCUGAAAUAGUGAAAAGAGGAGGGAUUGAGUAAUUUAUUCAUCGAAUUUAUUGCUACAUAGAGGUCUAUGUAGGCCAUUUAGAACAAUGAAGUGCUCUUCUUUUGUGCAUGGCAACGAUAUCCAAUAUGAGAGAAGAUGUGCUUUGGUAUGGAAUGUGGAUAGCCUCCUCAUCCUGGUGGAUUAAAUAAAUUUGAUUUGCUUAUAAUUUUGUAUCUGUGCUGAACCUGCUUUUAUAAGUUCCAUAGUUUAAUGCUAUUUGUGAGCCUUCUCGUUGUUGCAUAGAAAAAUUCAGUUUGUUGCCUAAUUUUGAUGGUUUUAGUAGAUGAAUAAUGUGAUACGGCUUAAGCAUUUCUCUUUGAACCUCAUCAAAUCUAACUAGUUUCAAAACAUCAAUGAGAAUGUCCCACAGAUCUUCUGGAGUGGUAGACACCAAUGCCUUGCAUUGCAUUGUUGCCAGCUAAAAGCCUGUCAUUUUUGAAACCAUCUUAGAAGGCGAUUCAAAAACUGUGAUUAAUUCCGUGCAUUUGUCAUGUCUUUGACUCAGAGUCUCAGACUCCUUUGUAGAAGUCAGCUGCUGUGUGGACAAGAGCAAGCGGCAAAAUGCUAUUGGAAGAGAGACAGACCAAGUUCCAAUCAAAAUGCUUUGUCUGGCUUUUGAUCUGUGUUGGUGGCUCUUUUUGGCGAAGUAGUGUUGUUUUCUGCACAAGAAUGGGUGUUUGAGAAAUUGUAAACCUUGUUAAUGUAUUUGCUUGUCUGUUAAAUUUUGCAGUUAUCUGUAUUAUGUAAAGAUUAGAAGUUAGAACAGUCUUUGUACGGGAAUCUGGAGUUUAUAUUGAGGUGCAAUGCGAGCACGCGAGAGUUUGUAGCAGUGUAA